AUGAAACAUCUUUGUGAUGCCUUAAGUGUUCAUAAUAAUUCAUUACAAUGUCUAAGAGAAGAAUGUUCAUUAUUAAAAAGUAGUUGUGAACAAACAAAUACUUGUUUUAAAAAAAUAAAAACUGAUCAAGAUGAAUUUGAAGAACAGCUUUUAAAAAUCAAACAACUACUUGAAGAUCUUCAUUACGCAACUUAUGAUGGAUCAUUUAUAUGGAAAAUUACAGAUGUUGCUCAAAAAAUUGCUGAAGCUCAAUCCGGAAAACAAACUUCAACUUUGUCACCGGUAUUCUAUUCAUCACCAACUGGUUAUAAAAUGCGUGCAUCUUUAUGUUUAAAUGGAGAUGGUGAUGCUAAAGGUACACAUAUGUCUAUAUUUAUCGUCAUUUUUAGAGGAGAAUAUGAUGCUAUUCUUUGGUGGCCAUUUAAUAUUCGUGUUGUGUUUUGUCUCUUUGAUCAGAGUGGCAAAGGUCAUCAUAUCAUUGAUAGAUUUGAUCCUGAUACAACAUCACGUAAUUUUCAAAGACCAACUUCAGAAAACAACAUAGCCAGUGGUAUACUGAAAUUCUGUCCUUUAGCACUUAUUACAAAAGAAAAAAACUGUUUUGUUCAAGGUGAUACAAUGUUUAUCAAAAUUAUGUUGGAUUUUGACAAAACACUUAGAGAAAUUUUACCAUAUACAUUGAGUGUCAAUCCUGCUUUGCCAGCACACAUGCAAGAAGCUAUACGUCUUGUGGAAACUGAAAAAUGUAAAAAAGCUCACGAAGCACUUAUUGCAAAAACGAUUCAAGAAGAUCAAGAAAUAUCACGACGUGUUUUAACUCCUAUGAAUCGAUCAGUCGCAUCAGAAACUACACAACAACCAUCAACGUCAACAACAAACUUCGAAGGUUGUGUACCAUGUGAAGAUAUAUCAAAUGAAUAA